UGUUCUUACUCUGACUUGUGUUGACUCAGGUGUGUUGUAAGGAGAUUUUAUCAGAUACGCAAUGGGUAUGUGAUUUUCAACCUUGGGUGUGAUCGACAUUUCAUGGCGUCUGUCUGCCCUGUGACCUCACCAAAUUUUAGUACAAGAGGACACAGUUGGUCUGGAAAGAGAUGUUUAUCUUAAAUCUAGCUUGGGUGUGAGUAACAUUUAUGGCGCUCGUCUGUCUGACCUGUGUUGACACAGGUGUUCAGUAAGGAGAUUAUCGCCGGAGGGGGUGGGUUGUACAAAAAUCAUGGCGCAAUAAUUUGGGGUGAGCCAUAUAAGGUCAAGGAGUCUCUCAGAGCGAGAAUUGUGUUUCCAUCCCUCAAGCGUGACUGACCUCAUCUUCCAAUGGUGAAUCCACACACAUCAUGGAGAAAGAGGAUAAGAAAAGAAUAUACGCGAAUUACUUGGAAGCAUUAGUGAAGAGGAGAUUGUCGAUAAGAAGACGACGAUCGUUGGAAAUCAAGAGAGGCGGUGUACAUCGUGAUGAGAGAUUGUUAGAAUUACAGAAUGAGUGGGAUCGCAUAGAUGUAUUAUGGAAGAAGGCUGUAGAAACAGGAAAUACACCUGGUACUUCUAGUGUUGUGAAUGAAACUGAGAGUAAUGAUGCACAGCUUGGAGGUGCGGGGGGGAUUGAAGAUGAGAGUGCAGGUAGUUCUGCUAGUGUUGGUACCUCACAGCGCGGAGGUGCAUCCGGGGAUGAGAGAGCAACUACCUCACAAGACGUGUUUGUCAGUAAUGUCGCACACAACAGUGUAGGUGAAGAUGAGAGAGCAACUACCUCACAUGAUGUGUCUGUCAGUAAUGUCGCACACAACAGUGGAGGUGAAGAUGAGAGAGCAACUACCUCACAUGAUGUGUCUGUCAGUAAUGUCGCACACAACAGUGGAGGUGAAGAUGAGAGAGCAACUACCUCACAUGAUGCAGAUGAGAGACCAGAAAUUAUCACAUAUAUCCAGAAUUUUAGAGGUAGGCACACAGUGAGGAAAUAUAGUGUUCCUUCAACUUAUAACAGAGAGUUAAGAAUGUAUUUACAUGCUUAUAGGGAUUAUUUUAUAGAUCAGAUGCGAGAUAUGUAUGAUAGAUCACCUCUAGCAAUGUCGCUCAGAAUCCACCCGAUUAUAGUUAUAAGGACAUUACGUCAAAACAUAUUGGGUGAUGAUCAAAAUGGACAAUUUGUGAUAAAUUUAGCGUUUGAGUUAGUAAGUGAAGAGGAAAUCUCUGAAGUAUUUGACCGAUGGGUGGGAACGAUAUUAGAAAGAUAUGAUACAGAGUUGCAAGAUCAGGAAGGAUCUCUUUGGAUCAUAGAUCAAAUCGAAUCUUUCAGUAUCGAAUAUGUCAAAGUAGAAUUCAGAGUACAAGUAGGAUUAUAUGUGGCAUAUCCCAAGAAACUGCGGGGGAGCCAAUAUGUAUUUAAUCCAGAGAUUAAUGACGGGUUGUGUGUACUGCGUGCUUUUGCUGCCUAUCAAUGUCAUAAAAAGAACAUGUCAUGGAAAAAUAUUCGCAAAGCAGUUAAUACUAAGAAAGGAUGUCUUAAUCAUGCAAAAUCUUCUAUAGAUGAUUUUCCCAUUACACGUGAUAAGUUAGGUAUAUUAGAGAAGGAAAAUAAAGUGUCAUUAUAUGUUUAUCAAUUAAGAAAGGAUCAAGGUGGGACAUUUGUGGCUAUGUGUCGUAAGGGGAAUAAGAAAUAUAAGGACAUCAUGUGUGCGUUAUUGUUGAAUGAAAGUCAUUUGGUUUUAAUCAAAGAUUUUGACGGGUAUGUUAGAACGAUAAUGUCAGAAAAAGGUGUAAAGAAGCGCUGUCGUAGUUGUUUGAUGAAGUUGAAUACACAGGAAGAGUUAGAUAUCCACGAAGAUGGAUGUAAAGUCAAUCAGAUUCUCGUAUUCCCCCCGGAAAGAACAACAGUACACUUUAAAAAUUUUAGUCAUACACAUUCCAGCGAAUAUAUCGGUGUGUUUGAUUUCGAAUGUGCAUUAGACACCACUCUCCCGGCAGGUAAAAUUGAGUCUCGUCAUAAAGCCAUUGCCUAUUGUUAUAUUAUAUUUGAUCGCACAGGAGAAAUAGUGUGUAUGAAGAGUUAUAAGGGGGAGGAUGCUGUUAAUCAUUUCAUUUUAAAUGUUAGUGGUGAAUGGACUAAGAUAAAGUUUAGAAGAGAGUAUCAUGUAAUCCAUAUGACAGAGGAGGAUAAGAUGAGACAUGAUUCCCAGGUCACUUGUGAAUUAUGUGGUAACACCUUCAAAAAUGCCCAAGACAAACGUAAACAUCAUGACCACACUUUAAAAUUCAAUAAUUAUAUUGGCACCUAUUGUGGUCAUUGCAAUUUGCAGUGUAAAGAUAAGAGUGAGAAAUUAUUACUUUUUUGCCAUAACAUGUCGUAUGAUUUAGGAAUAAUUUUAAAGGAAUUGCAGGUUGAUAAAUAUGAAAUUGAACUUCAUUCGAAACAAGGACUCAGAUUCUUGAAAGUAGACAUAGGUAAGGUUAGAUUUCAAGAUUCUCUGUCUUUAUUGAAUGGAUCUCUUUCCACUUUAGCAGAUCAGCAUAUCAAGGCAGGUAAAUCACUGAAAUAUACAGAGGCUAUUCUGAAAGAUGUGCCUCGAGAUGUCUUACCUUUAUUAUGUAAAGGAAAGCAAGUUUUGUGUUAUGAUUAUAUUGAUAGUUUAAAGAAACUCGAUGAAACAAAAUUACCGAGUAAAGAACAUUUUUUUAAUUCUUUGAGAAAUAGUGCUAUUAGCCAGGAAGAUUAUGAUCAUGCAUUGAAAGUGUUUGACUUGGGUAAAUGUAAGACUUUAGGAGAUUAUUUGAUGUUAUAUCUCAAGACAGAUGUUGGAUUGUUAGCCGAUGUCUUCAUGGAGUGGCGUAAAACACUCAAAGAUAUUUAUAAGCUAGAUGUUAGUAAUUAUAUAAGUUUACCUUCAUUCAGUUGGGAUGCAUUCCUCUUGAAAACUAAUGUGAAAUUAGAUAUGAUAUAUUCCCAUGAAUUAUAUGACUUGAUUAAAAGGAAUCUCAGAGGAGGGUUUACGUGCGCAAUUAAUCAAUAUACUAAAGCAGAUAAUCCCUUAAUUAAUCCCAAUUUUGUUGUUGAGAGUGGAAUGGGCACCCAUAUUUUAUAUCUAUAUUUUAAUUCUUUGUAUGCUAGUGCGAUGGUUGAAGCUCUUCCACAGAAUGGUAUCAGAAAAUUAUCGAAUGAGGAGAAGAUUGCUUUCCUCGAUGUGGGAUUAAGUAAUGUAUCGUGUGAGGGUCAAAAGGGUUAUUGGAUAGAAUGUGAUACCAAGUACGUCACCCCUGAGGUAGCUAGACGCACUGAUGAACUUCCUUUGAUAUUAUCACACAUGAAUAUAUCACAAGAGAUGUUAUCUCCUUAUUGCGAAUCUAUAUUGAAAAAUGAAGCUAGAAAGAUCCCCAAAUCUAAUGCGAAAUUAGUGGCCAGUCAUUUACCUCAGAAAAAUUAUUUGAUCAGCCUAGAUUUGUUACAAUUAUUACUGGAACUUGGGUUAGAGGUGGAAAAGGUUCAUGCAGUAUAUGAAUAUACUCAGUCAAAAUUUUUAGAACCUUUCAUAACUAAUAUUGCACAGAGAACAGCCACACAAUGUCCUAUCAAGUCAAAAGCUUUCAAAUUAACUAAUAACGCCAUAUUUGGGAAAUCAUUGUUGAAUAUUACAAAGUAUGCUGAAUAUUAUAGAUAUAUCAAGAAUGAGAAAGCAUUUGUUAGAGCGGCUAAAAAUCCUUUCUUAAAAAAUAUCACACAUUUGAAUCAAGACAGAGUGAUUUGUACAUUCAACAAAGAGAAAUUAGAAGUUAAACAACCACUUUAUCUCGGUUUUCAAAUUCUUGAGAUAGCUAAAAAGAAAUUGUAUCAUUUUUGGUAUAAAGUUUUAAAACAACAUUAUGGUGAUGAUGUAAGACUUCUUUAUACCGAUACUGACUCCUAUAUUUUUAGCUUAAAAUGUAAAGAUUUGUACACCGAGUUAAAAAGUGAACCUUUGUUAGGAUAUAUGGAUUUUUCAAAUUUCAGUCCUGAUCAUCCCUUAUAUGAUGAUAGUAGAAAAGGUGAGCUGGGGUUAUUGAAAUCUGAAAUGUGUGAUAAUCAUAUUAGUGAGUUGAUAGCACUGAAAGCUAAAAUGUAUUCUGUCAAGAUUGCUGGAAGAUCAACUACUGUCAGCAGAGCCAAUGGUAUCCCAUUACAUUUUAUGCCAUUAUUAACUCAUGCAAGAUAUAAGAAUGUUUUAACAACUGUAGAUAGGGAAUUAUUCACGUGCAAGUCUAUAAGUAACGUAAAAGGUGAAAUAUGUACAGUAAGGAUUAACAAGAGAGGCAUAUCAGCCUUUGAUGAUAAAAGGUAUCAUUUGGAUACUAAUCAAUCCUUGGCUUAUGGACACCCUGAUAUUCCACCAUCUAAACGUAGCAGAAUAGAAUGAUUCUCAUGUUGUAUUACCAGAAAUGUAUAUGAAAU